AUUUUUAGAUGAAUAUGAUUUUUGGUUCCAUUUCCUAUCAUUUGGUACUUUUCUUCUGGUUCCGAUCAUGUCGGGUUUCGACCCGAAGACCACCCGUUGCUCAAUCAUUAUCGGAGUUAGCUCUGCACGAUCCAAAUCUUCCUUUUGGUCCCCGUUGAAAAUCCAUAACUCACCAGAUGACAGAAGGAGUUCAGAAGACUUGAAUUAGGGUUUCUGAUUUCCCACGAUUAAUCGAUCAAUCAUAUACCAAAUGGGUGAAAUCGGCGAAAAAGGCAUAGCAGGGGAAGGAGAAGAGACGUGCAUUAACGAGCGAUUAAGGGACGACGAACUCCGAGCAGUUUUGGUUAAACUAGAAACCGACAAAGACAAAGAAGUUUUCGGUCUUGUAUGCAAGAAAUGGCUCUAUCUUCAGAGCACAGAGAGGAAGAAGCUCUGUGCUCGUGCUGGUCCACACAUGCUUCGUAAGAUGGCUGCACGCUUCACUCGCCUCAAGGAUCUCGAUCUCUCUCAAUCCGCAUCACGUUCGUUUUAUCCCGGAGUCACUGAUUCAGAUCUAUCCGUCAUCGCCACUGGUUUCACCGCCUUACGUCUACUCAAGCUUCAAAAUUGCAAAGGUAUCACCGAUGCUGGAAUGGUGGCAAUUGGAUCGGGUCUUUCAUCUCUACAAUCAUUAGAUGUUUCAUACUGUAGAAAGCUAACUGAUAAAGGAUUAUCAGCUGUCACGGAUGGCUGCCAUGACCUAAAAAGCUUACACCUUGCUGGUUGUCGCUUUGUCACUGAUACCCUACUAAAAUCCCUCUCUAAAAACUGUCACAAUUUGGAAGAAUUAGGCCUACAAGGUUGCACCAACAUAUCAGACACCGGACUCACCGCUUUAGUAGACGGAUGUAAACACAUAAAGCAUUUGGAUGUAAAUAAAUGUACAAACGUGGGCGAUCUUGGAAUUUCCAUCAUAGCAGAAGCCUGUUCAACUUCCUUAAAGACAUUAAAGUUACUAGAUUGCUACAAACUCGGGGACAAAUCUAUAUUCGCAUUAGCUAACCAAUGCAAGAAUCUUGAAACCCUCAUAAUCGGAGGAUGUCGGGACAUAUCAAGUGAUUCAAUAAAAUCACUAGCUGCCACUUCUCAAACCCUGAAGAUCUUGCGUAUGGAUUGGUGUUUAAAUGUUUCAGAUGCUUCAUUGAAUUGCAUACUUUCACAAUGCAGUUGUUUGGAGGUGUUAGACAUUGGGUGCUGUGAGGAGGUGACGGAUGCUGCUUUUGAUGGACUCCAGAAUCCAGGAUUCCAUUCCGGUUUGAAGGUUUUGAAAGUUAGUAAUUGUCCAAAGAUUACAGUGUUGGGAAUAAGUAUGAUUUUGGAGGCGUGUAGGUCUUUGGAGUAUCUGGAUGUUAGGUCUUGUCCAAAUGUCACGAAAGCUGGUUGUGAAGAAGCGGGAUUGAGGUUUCCGGAAGGUUGUAAGAUUCAAAUUCAAGAUCAAACUCAGACGAGGUGUGUUAUCUCAUAG